GCGAGGGAAAUUCAGAGAACAGUCAGAGCGAAACAUCCCUACUAGAGAGACCUACCGAAGUGAAAAAGAUGCGUGGGUCUGGCCUCCUUGCAGUUCUUAGCAGCUGACGGACGGUUGGAGAAAGGUGGUGUCCGGGUGGUGGAAUUGCUUCCAUUGGCUCUCCUCAGAGGUGCCUGAGAAACUCUUUUGACUCUUGGAAGAAUAGGGAGAUCCAGAGCUGAACAUUUGGCAUGUGGCAGCGUGGUGUCGUGGGGAUUUGAAAGUGUCCUCGAGCAUCUAUGGAAGAAGAACCUGCCCCUCAGUAAGGAAGGAACAAGCACUUUGCCGAAUUCCACCUAGAUGGAUGCUUGGAAUGGACCACGUUGGCAACCUUCUGUGACCAGAGGUGAAAUUUGUUACUGAGACAAAAGAAAAUCACAGGUCAACCUCCUGGCCCACCACAACUCCCCCAAGUUUUGUUUUUUUUGGUUCUCCUCUGUUAUCAUUCAUUUCUUUGAGUUUUUCUGGUUUCUCCUUUGUACCAGUUUGGAACUUGAGGUUUGCACAUUCCUUUUGGGACAAACAUCAACUGUGAAAGAUAAGAUGGCCAGCUGUUCGAGCUGAUCAACCAGACUUUAGCUGGUUUUCGGAUUUUUGAUUUUCACGAAGUAUUUCAAAACGUGCAUCAUUUCGGCAUGUCAAGUUGAUCGGCAAGCCGUCCGGAACUUGCUUGGGAUAAUCCAAACUGAAGUCAAUUGGGAAUAAAUUGUUUAACUGAGCCAAGAAAGAAGACAUCAGCAAUUCCCCCCCAAGCCUUACCUUCGUUGGGUUUCUGUCUUUGGAGGGUCUUUGCCCUCUGGACUUUCCAGUGAGAAGAUGUCCCCCAAAGCCAAAAUGAGAUACUGGAGCUGGUUCGUUUUGGCAACCUUGUUGUGCCAAGAGUUCUCCCGUUUCCGAGCUGCUGCGGCAAAGAAAGAACGAAAGAAGGUGAAGGAGCCCAACCAAUACACAGAACCCUUCAACACGACACUCUCCAACAGUGAAGAACUAAAUGGGCACUCCAAGAUGCUUGAGUCCCCAGACCCUCGCAUCACCGACCCGCGUCGUACGUGGAUUUCAUUUGUACAUCGUCCUGAUGAUGGCAACAACAAAAAGAAAUGCAAAGGGAAAGAUAAGAAAUUACGUGGACUCGUUGGCCCUCCAGGCCCUCCGGGGCCGCCUGGUCCUCCUGGCGCCGAAGUUACCCAGGAAGUGUUGCUGCAAGAGUUCAAGGAGAUGCUAAAAGAAGCCACUGAACGGCGAGCGGCGCCAGCUUUGCCAGCCCCUCCCAGCGAGGCGCCUCCUCUCCUGCUGUCGCUGGAGGAACUCUCCCCCUACAAACGAGUGGAGGAAGCUUUCCACUGCAAGCUCAAGGGGCAGAUCAUUGUGGACAAGAAAACCUUGAUGGAACUCCAGAACUUCCAGAUGCCUUUGACCAAAGGAGCAUUCCUUCGAGGAUCUGGGUUAAACUUAGCAACCGGGCGGUUCACUGCUCUGCUCUCCGGCAUUUAUCAGUUUUCAGCCAACGUCCACAUUGACCACAGUGAGCUGAAAAGCAAACUGCAGCUACGAGCCAGAGACAAUGUCCGGGUCCUGAUCUGCAUCGAAUCUCUCUGCCACCGAUACACGUCUUUGGAAGUGAUUGCCGGCUUGGAAAGUAAUAGCAAAAUCUUCACUGUUUAUGUCCAUGGAUUACUGCAGCUACAGGCAGGGCAGUACACGUCAAUAUUCAUAGACAACAGCGCCGGAGCACCCAUCACCAUUCAGAACGGGUCCGAUUUCAUGGGAAUGUUCAUGGGAGUGUAACUCCAAACGGCCAUCAUUGCCGCGCGGUGGGGGAAGAAAAAGAACGCAACCCAGAAUGUACCGAUCUGAACUCUGAUCCCCUCCCGUCCUGGAGAACUGCCUUCUCCUUGCCAACUGACUCGGGUUGUUACUGACUUAGUCAAACAAAUGUACCUUUCCUUCUACAAGGAUGUAACGAUGGUUUGAGGUGGAAAAAAACAGGGACAGGCGGAGGCUCUAGCCACUGAAUGGAAAACCAAAAUCUAUUUUCCCAUUGUAGAAAUUCCAUCCUUCCCCCUAAAUCCUGGUCAGAGGUCUGAGCACCAAAUCUGGCUUGUUUCAGGUAUUAUGUUAAAAACAAAACAAACCCACCAUCACAAAAAAUCCAGGGAAAUCCCAUCUGGAUCUUUAUUAGUGAGGGCUGCGUUCCUGGGGUGGGUGGGUAGCAUGGGCGGUUGAGAGGUAGUGUGGUGUAGUGGCUUGAGAGUUGUAGUAGUACUUGGGAGACCCAGGUUUGAAUCCCUACACAGCUUAUUGAGAUUGCCUUGGGCAAGCCGCCGUUUCUUCCAAGUAGUUGUUGUGAGGAUACAGCAGAGGAGAGGAGAGAAGAUGUAAGCUGCCCUGAAUGCUUCAGAAAAAGGGUGGAAUGAAAAUGUGACCCAGUUUUAACAUUUCCUUUUUAUUUUUCACCCCCACCCCCUCCCAGUUUUAUUGCCACCUUUUAAAAACAAAUUUUAAAUACAGCCUUGGCGAUACUUCUGUUCACAUUUUGUGCAACUGAACUGAAAACAGUUUUACCCAGGCUUGCCUGCACAUAGGGAACGUUUAAUUGUAAAGCAGCUUAAAUUACAGAGUUUUGUAAGAUGCUUAUCUUGGAAAUUGUGGUCCUGUCUGUCCCCUAGAUGGGAGAGGACUUGAGGGGUGGAGAGAGCCAAUAGUUGAUCAAUUUAGAGCUUCUCAAAAGAAGUGUAGGAUUUAAAAAUAGUAGCAAAUCAACUAAAAGCUGUCACAAACAAAGGGAAUUGCGAAUCAGGAAUGAGAGACAAGCAAAGCCAGUUAAGAAGGGUAGAAUCACCUCUGUCCAAAUUUGGGGGUCCAUCUACACACACAGACACAGACACACACACAACACACAGACACACACACAACACACAACACACACACAGAGCAGUGUUAGAUCCCCGAUUUAUGCAGACAUUCCAACUUGCUUUCAAGCCAUCAGUGGCUCCUGCUUGGAAAGUUUUUGGGGGACGGCUCUAUGGUCGUGUGUGGUUUUUUCCCCCAAAAAAAUAGUUUAAUAAGAAUUAUAAUUAAAAGACCUGUAUAUUAUCUGUGCUUCACUGCAAGUUCCGAGCCCUGCUCAAAGAAGAUGGAAGAAUGCAAGUUUGGAUGCUGAAAUUGGUGCCACGUCAUCAAAGCGAUUUCCGUUGGGGCUGAGCUGUUCAUUUCGUAGUGCUUGUUUCACGUUAACCAGGGAAGGGGGAACCUCGAAGUCUUGAUGUGUUUGGGCACGAACAAUGCAAGCUGGCUGGCAAACUUUGCAAUUCUUUCUCUUUGGAUACGCUGAAAUCUGGCAGAUGGUGUGGACAAAUAACCAUCGACACCAACAGAGUAAUUUGGAAUGUGGGAGUUUUUCUAAACAAUUCUUUUAGAGUAGAGCUCAACAUUGUAAGAAACUCAGGGCUACCACUUGAAAUGGCAGUCCCGUGUUGAAUGCCCCUCCUGCUAUCACUUGUUCCAUGCCUUCAGAUGGUUGUGCGUUUCCUUGCUUCCACACCAGCCCUAAAAAAUGAUGUGCAGGAAGGAGGUGCAUCACUGGAGGACUUGACGUAUAUAGUACUAGAUGUUACAUAAAGGACAAACGAGACGCAAGACUGCUGUUUUCAGUGGAAGCGCUGUGUGUCUUUUAAUGUUAAGUCUCUCCCUAGCUGAGCAAACCUAAGCAGUUACUCCCUUCUAAGCCCAUUGACUACUUAGGAUUAUGGUGCCAAUCUCUUAAAGUUAAACACUUCCCGGAGGCUGGGCGAUUUUGUUUUUUUGUAUUAGAGAAGGGCAAGAAACGAGAAGACAAAUAUUUCAGGCAACUGCAACCGUUAUAGCAAAGACUCUUGGCUUUUCUUUUGUCAUCUUAUGUUUUAAUAAGAUAUAUAAAUAAAUCUGUAUAUUUAGUCACAUUGUAUACACAGCCGCCCCUGGGGCAUGCAUAUAAAGUUGUAAACAUAUCAUGCGCACCGUACUGGCUGCCAAACGACCUGGCAUGGGAUCCGCCGGCUGGUGAGGGGAGUGUUGACUUCUUUAUGGAGCUGG